UUAUCUUCGAGAGUUUGGGGCUAUGGGGGGAGGGGGACGUUUCCUCGGUUGAUCAAUAAUCAUCAAUCCAUCAGCUGUUCCCAUCUCCUCUGACACAUAAUAAACUUUCAGUUUCAAUAUCCAUACAUAUUAGUAUUAUCAUAUUCCUUUUUUUUUCUUUUAUAUUCACAAUCCCUCUCUCUCUCUCUCUCUCUCUCUCUCUCUCUCUCUUCUCUAUUAAGUGUUCUUUGUUGCUUUUGCUCACCAUCAUCAUCAUCAUCAGAGCAUCAGCGGAAGCUAUAUAGCUUGAGAAGUACACUGAAUCAAAGUGAUUUGAAAGGAGAUACAGAGCGACGGCGCCUGGUCGAUAUCUCGCUGUAUAAGAUCCCCCACGUCUUUUCCAAUCCGCUGACAGUACCGAUACAGACAGCAAAGAGAUCAUCGGAGGAUGAACUUGCUUGUAAGGGAAGGACACAGCUUUCCUCCGUGAACUGAAGAUCGAGAGCUCCACAGACAGACAGACAAACACACACACACACACACACACACAGACGUCGUACUUUGAUGUCAGUCUCCUGACAGAGAAGAAGGAAGCUGAGGGUAAAAAGAAGAAAAGUGACAUGAGGGUAGGGCACGUGUGCGUUUGUCCUUACAAGAUUUUUACCAUAACAGGUACCGACACACAAACCCGCCCCCCACAGUUUAACUAUAUCUACUCUCUCUCUCUCUCUCUCUCUCUCUCUCUCUCUCUGUGCGUGUGUGCGUGCGUGUCUUCGAAUUGCACAACGUGAGUUCGAGUUGCACCAGUUUGUCGAUUUAUCUGAUGGGUUGAUUAUUCUUAUCGUCACUAGCGAGCCCUUCUGAUCACCGCUGCCCAAGUGGAGCUCAAUAAUAAGGACCAGUGAUGGCAGCAUACUUCCAGCACAACUCUGAAAGCCAGGCAGGCGAUGGCCUACAAACCCUAGUACUAAUGAACCCACCGACCUAUGUCCAAUACUCCGGCGAGCAACCGCUUCCUACGCAAGUAUCUUCCUUGCCGGGGAACAACCUCAUAUUCCUCAACUCGGUUGCCUCCACAUCCUCCUUCCCUCAAACCAGCCAACAUCUUGUCGGCAUCCCAUUGCCUCCUGGGUCGGUCACCGGGGAUUCGAAUUCCCAGUCCAUGCACCACGAGAUGUCUCCUUAUCAUGGCUUUGCGUCGCGCAUCCAUGGCAAUCUUUGGAACCCAAUUGAUCCGGCGGCAGAUGCGACUGGUCUUGAGAGUACUACUCCCCGAUCCCAGCAGGGAUUGUCUCUGAGCCUCUCAUCACAACAACAGCGGCAGCCGCCGCUACCCAACUACGGGGCCUUCAGAAGCAGUGAACGAGAUCAAGUUGCUGCAGCAUCAAGACCUCAAGCCUCAGCUGUCGUAUCAGCGGAAGAUAUCCGGCUUUCACCCGGCGGUUUAUCACCGGCAGCUUCAGGUGUUACCAUAGGUGUUUCGGGGAUGCCAAGCGCGGUGCUGAGCUCUAAGUACUUAAAGGCGGCUCAAGAGCUUCUUGAUGAAGUGGUGAAUGUUGGACAUGGGAUAAUGCACAAGAAAGAUAAAUCGAAGAAAGAUGGUGAGGAGAAGAAAAUGAGUGGAGAGUUGACAGCGAGACCAAAAACUGGUGAUGGUUCGGCCAGUGGGGAAGGGACUAGUAGGAAGAGUGGUGCUGAGCUUACAGCAGUGGAGAGGCAGGAAGUUCAGAUGAAGAAGGCAAAGCUAAUGACCAUGCUUGAUGAGGUGGAGCAAAGAUACAGACAAUACCACCACCACAUGCAGGUCGUGGUCGCUUCUUUCGAGCAGGCAUUGGGAGUUGGGUCGGCAAGGUCGUAUACAUCCCUCGCACUGAAGACGAUCUCAAAGCAGUUCCGCUGCCUGAGGGACGCGAUAGCAGGGCAGGUAAAAGCCGCGAGCCAGAGCUUGGGCGAGGAAGAGAGCAGUCCCCAGGGGAAGCUCCAAGGAACCUCGAGGCUCAAGUUUGUCGACCACCACUUCCGACAGCAACAAGCGCUCCAACAGCUGGGCAUGGUCCCGCACAACAGUAAUGCUUGGAGGCCCCAGAGGGGAUUGCCUGAGCGAGCAGUAUCUGUCCUCCGAGCUUGGCUAUUUGAGCACUUUCUCCACCCAUAUCCAAAGGACUCGGACAAGCAAACGCUUGCGAAACAGACUGGGCUUACCCGGAGCCAGGUGUCGAAUUGGUUCAUAAAUGCCCGAGUUCGGCUUUGGAAGCCGAUGGUCGAGGAGAUGUACCUUGAGGAGACCAAGGAGAAUGAAAAAAAUGAAUCAGGUGACAAACCAGGCAAGACCGGCCACAAAAAUAAUGAGGACUCAACAUCAAAGUCAUGUCCUCCACAGAACAGAACCCCGUCCCUCUCAACCUCGGCAAAUUCCACAUCCCCGAUGGGAGGAAAUCUCGGGACCAAUACAGGGUUUUCUCUCAUUGGCUCAUCGGAACUAGAAGGAAUUGCACAGGUUGGUAACAAGAAACUGAGGAGCUCGCAGUUGCUUCAAGCCCAAGCAAUAGAAGUGGACAACAAACCCCGAGAUCUGACCAAUAAUGAGCCCGAGCAGUUACCGCUGGCCAUGGGAUUCAAUGAUGAGAGGCAAAGCAGGCAUAACUAUCCGAUGCUGAGGGGCCCAGCUAACUUUAUCGGAGGGUUCGAGCAGUACCCGAUCGAAGAUAUCGGGAGGUUUGGCGCAGAGCAAUUUACUGCUCCAAGAUUCCCGGGGAAUGGUGUUUCUCUGACUCUCGGCCUCCCUCAUUGCGAAAACCUGUCUAUCCCCGGAAAUCAUCAUCAUCAGAACUUCCUUCAUGGUCAGAGCAUCCAGUUAGGAAGGAGACUGGAAAUGGGAGAUGAACAGCACGAACUAAGCGGGCUAAGCUCAUCCGGCCCGAACUCUUCAACUGCUUUUGAAGGAAUGAACAUUCAAAACAACCGGAAGAGGUUUGCGGCCCAACUGAUGCCGGACUUCGUGGCUUGACAAAGGAAGAAGAAAGACUUAGAUAUAGGAGAAAAUAGGCAAUAUAUACUUCUCGAUGUAGAAGGUGAUCAUAGAACUUAGGAUUGAUUUUGGGAACAUAGUGGAGGAUUGUAAAAUAUAUUGUUUCUACAACUUUCAGAGAUUUGGAAGAUUUCACCCGAUCGAAACACGUUCAAACAACUGCUCCCAUAUAGUAUAGUACGAGUAGUUAGUUCAUCAACAUGUAUCAGUUAGAACUCCCCAUUGUCAUAUCUAAUUUGGGAUAUAUGAUCGAUAAGAAUAACGUUUAUUGUUA